UUUCAACUUUGGAAGAAAAAGAUAGUUACAGCUCUGAAGAUAAAGAUGAAGAUUCUGUUCAAGAAAAUAAAUCGGGUAAUGACAGUUCCGAAAGUGACAAAGAAACUGCCUCUGAAAGUCAGUCUGAUACAGAUGAGGCAGACAUAGACGAAAAAAAUGAGGAACCGGAAAAGAAAGAACUACGGUCGCAUUGUUUUGAAUCAGAGGGUAACAUCCAGCAACACUGUCAGCAUUGCAAGAUUCAACAAGAGCAACAAGAACAAGUAACUCCCAGAAGACUUGCCAGAGGAAAACUUCGGUUGAAGCUGGAUGCUGAAGGAACUUAUGAGUGUACUGUCACCGGUUUAAUCUUUGAAGUUACCAAAGCUGCUGUAAUUGAAUAUUCCCUGUUGUCUUGGACCAAGUAUGCUGCUUACCUUAAAGAUCCCUGGAUUGUUGUGGGUCCUAUAUUUGAUGUCAAAUGUGCUUCACCCUCCGUUCUUACUUCCAUUCAGUUUCCACACACCCUCUGCUUGAAUGACCAUUUAUCAGAUAUGGCCUUCAAUGUCUUCCAUUUCAAAAGUAAUGGCCCCGAAUUUGAACGAUCUGUUGAUCACUCAACCACACACAUCAAAUGGCAUGUGAGCUCACUGUCUCCUGUUGGACCAGUAAUUAAGAACUAUAAUCCAGUGCAUUACCAUGGGGUUGUUAUUUUAUACAAAGUUGUCCAUGAACACCCUUCCUUGAAAUUACGUGUGUACGUGGCUAGCAACAACAGCUCAUUUAUAAAGGAUGUGUCAAAAACUGUAAGACGUUCUAUUAAUAAAUUCAUAAAAAUUGAGAAACCCCCUUGUCAUAAAUUACUCCAAGGUGGAAAGAAAUACAAAUUAAUGAGUGACCCAGAAGCUGAAAUAACCCCUGAGGAAAUUCAGUUUGAUGAUGACUCUACCCUACCAGAGAAACCUUUCUUCGAGGUAUUUUUGGAACAGCCAAUGGAACUGACAUUAUCUCUGAUGGACUUGGAGUCUGAAGAAACUGUGUGGAAAGCAAAGCUACGAGAAAGUGACUGGAUCCUACAUAACCAGAAUGACAAUAAGCUGAAAAGAUCUACCAAAAGCACCAGAAGACGAAAAUCCAGCACCAGCCUUUCAGAAGAUGAGCUUUGCAAUAAACGGGUAAAGGGUAAUGAUGCUACAGAUGGAAUUAAAGCUAGAACAGUAUUAACUGAUCCACAACUGAUGGAUCUUGCAAAGAAGAUGGGUAAAGACUGGAAAGUAAUUGGUAUUCAAUGUCUUAAAUUGUCCAUUGAAGACAUUGAGCAGAUCACAGCAAAGGAAGAAGACGUUAAUAUGUAUAAAUUCAUGAUGUUGCGGAAAUGGAGGGACUCCGAACAGAAUAAUGGAACUGCACAAAGUUUAUAUGAGUGUCUAAAAUGUGAGGCAUCCUAUGAAGUGCUAGAAAUUCUGAAAGAUUUUUUAGAGCAGAGGUGAGGUCAUGAGGAAACAACUUUAUAAAGAAGAAGCAUCAGGAUUAUUGUUUUGGGUAAAUUUUCAAAAUGGUUGAAAAGGGAUUUUGUUGUGAACUUCCAACAAUUUAAAACUCUGGAGAAUUGCUAUGAAGAGCAAAUGACAUGCUAGCUAUGGAAACUUCA